UGAUGAAUUAAAAAUAUGCACCGUUUAAUUAGAAAAAAAUUAUUUUGACAUAUUACUUUUGAAAGGUACUUAAAAUGAAUCCAAACUUAAACCCUAGAGGCUUUCCUCAGCCAAUGCAACAAGGUCAACAGAUGAUGAUACCUCAAGGUCAAAUGAUGCCACAAGGUCAAUUUAUGAAUGCUGGUCAAGGUCACUUUGGAGGGCAAAAUCAAGGACAAAUGGCAAUGAGACCACAGGGAUUUAAUACAAAUAUGGUGGGAAUGCAGAUGAGGCCGAAUAUGGCACCACCAACAUACAAUCAGAGUGUAAACUCAAGACCACCAGGGGUUCAGGCAUUUGGUCAGAGACCUGGGAUGGCCCCACCAUCAUACAAUCAAGCCCUGAACCAAAGUUUUCAGAGGCCAAGAUCUAGUGUACCUGUACGAAAUAAUAGACCUAAUGCAGGAAAAUCUGAAGAGCAGAUACAGAAAGAGAAAUAUUUCCAGCAACAACAGGCAAAGUUGAAACAGUUUGGAAAGACUACCAGUGGGUCUACCCUUGAUCCAAACAAACUGGUGGAUUCCAUAUUUGGUAGUCAGCCGUCUGCAAAACCAAAGCCAAAAGCUACAGAAGCUGUAAAGUCACAGCCUGCCACUAUAGAAACUGAUGACGGUUUUGGAGACUUUUUAAGCAGCCCAGAAAGUAUGGCUCCGCCUCCUGCUACUAUGAACCCGCCCCAACAGAAUAUUAAUACCAGUCCACAGUCAAGUAGCAUUAACACAGUGACACAGUCUGCUGCUAUGACAACACAAACACAAGUUACUACAGAGAAGAAAGACCUGACAGCCAUGAUGUUUGAUAGUUGUGACCUUACAGCUCCACAGAAAGCUAAAGCAUUCCAUAAACCAGCUCUAAAGGAGAUAAAUCCGGUGCAUGUGGUAGCACCGGUCCACCAUACCAGCCACUGCGCCAGACGGUGGGAUAGAAGUGAAGAGCUUUCUGAUCUCUUCAUUCAAGAAGCUGUGAAGGACGAAACCGAAAUUCCAAAGAAACCAGUGAAACAUGUGAGCCCGACAAGUAAACAUCCUCCGAAGCCUCCGCCAUGGCUCAGUGACGACACAUUGAUACCUCCUCUAUAUAAACAAGUCCUCGAGGCUUGUAUAGUAGAUGGUCAGAUUUCUACAGAAAGGUUAUACCCUAUCGUUGUGCUUAGUGGCCUGCCAAAAGAGAUGUUAGGACAGCUGUGGACAUUAUGUAAUAAAACAACACCAGGUCAACUUAUAGUGAAGGAGUUGUACCAGUUAUUAGCUGUCAUAGCUCUAACACAGAAUAAGUUUUUAAGGGUUGCCAAGGUCGAAAAUAUCCCCUUCAGAGUGCCUCCUCUGGCAUUCCCAGUAGCCGGUUCCCAUUUCAAGAUCGGUCAGGGACCACCUCAGUCAGUGGCUCAAAUCCCAGUCCAAACAAUGGGCCAACCUCAGCUUCCAAUGGCUCCAGGUCAAAGUUAUAUCACAGGUCAACAGAUGCAAACUCCAAUAGACAAUAUGGCUGCCAGUUUUAACCAGCCUCAUUCUGGUUCGUUUCCUAGUCAUGUGACUGGUAUCCAGGCAACAAGUAUGACAUCAGCAAUGACAUCAUCACCAGCAACUUUGCCAGUAACACAGCUUCCCUCUGCAGGAAUAUCACCAGGAAUUGUGGGUAAUGUGGUAAAUAUGGCAGCUGAGGAAGAUGACUUUGCAGAUUUUCAAAGUGCAACAGCUCCUGCACAAAAUACAGGUUCCUUAGGAAAUCUUGUAAAAGAUACAAAAGAAAACAUUCAACCACCAGUCAAAGAUCCUUCAAAGUUUCUGUACUCGGAAAAUACUCCAACAUUGUCAACAAGUAAUGCAGAAUCCCUGACACCACAAGAUCUUAAGCAUUCCACAGUAGAGAAUUUCUUCGGGAGUGAUUCCUCAGAAACCAGUCCAGAUGAUGAGUAUUUUGAUGGGUACAAGUCUGCAGACAGCAAACCUUCAGAAAGUUCUAGUCAGUUUAGCACAGACCAAUCAGAAGGGGAAGAUUUUAAAAAUUUUGAGAAUUAUCUUGACGAAUUUCAACGGAAGAAAGACAUGCAAGAUAAAGAGAGCCCUCUCCAUCGGCCAAUCUCUAAAUUUCUCAAUAAAGACAAUACACCACCAUCUCCAAGUAAUUUUUUUAAGAAUCCAACUACACCAGUAAAGAAACUUCCUAUACCAGUCCAAGUUAAACUUUCAGCCAAUCAGAAACCAGUUUCAUCUGAUGAGUUCUCAGAUUUUGCUGAUUUCCAGUCUGCACCUGUAGUUUCAACAGAGAACCAGCCUGAUCCAUUGAAAGCUACACCAUCUGCUAUAGAUCUGAUAGGAGAUGAAGACAAAUAUGCAGCACUUAGAACCUUGGAUUUCUCCUCCCCUCCAGAAAAUGAGCCUGACCUAAUGGGUGAACCAGAACCUGAAGCAGAUACCAAGCCUGUAACUGAUUCUGAUGACAAUUGGGCUGAUUUCCAAACAGCGUCUGGGGACACUGACCAGCCUCAACCAGAAGGUAAUAGCAGUCUAGUGAAUAGUCAGAACAAUGCUUUAAAAUCUGAAGAGGUGUUUCAUUCAGCACUUGAUAGCAAAGAUGACUCAGAUUGGGCGGCUUUUGAUACAGCUAAUGAUGAGAAAAAUGCUGGAUCAGGUUGGUCUUCAUCAACCAAUGAACCAUCUGAUCUUUUCAGUGAUGUUAGUACAAAUAAAAGCAAUGUAAGUGUUCCUGGAGCUCCUAUUGCUUCAGAUCUAAACUUUGGUGCAGUGGAUAAAAGUGAUUCAGAAGAUUGGGCAGGCUUUCAGGAAGGUACAGAUGGAUUUUCAGGCUUUCAAAGCUCUGCAAAUGAUGUCAUUCCAAAAUCUGAUGAUAAAAGUUCGGGUUUAGUAAAUGUUAAAAAAGAUAGGCUUGAAGCAAAUGAAAUUUUAGGCUUAUUCAAAGUGAAAUCAGAACCUAUAAGUUUAAAAAGUAGAGAUGAUGAUACGAGUUUUCCAGUUAGACCUGAUGUAUCUGUGUCUAGUAGCAUGAAUAAAAUGCAUGGAAUAAGUGAUACUCCUCCCAAGAAAGAGAGCUUUUCACCAACUGAGAAGAUGAAACAAAAACAUUUUAGUGAAGAAGAUGACUUCAUGAAACCACCUCCAUUAGAUGACUUUGGUGAUGAUGAUCAUGAUGAUUUUGGAAGUUACUCAAGAGGAUAUGAUUUUGAUGACAUCAUGAAACCCAAAGUACCUGAGAAAAAGAAUGCCUAUGGAGUGUAUGGUGUUAAUGAAACAUUCGUUGUUGAAGGACAUAAGAAAAACGCUGGUGAACCUAAGAAUAUAUCAAUAGAAGUAACUAAAGAUUCAGAUGUUGACAAUGACAGUGAUAGUGUAUCCUCUAAGGACAAUGAUAUUUUCAGAGGGAAGUUUGGUAAAGGAAUGGGUGAAGAUUCACAAUCCAUAGCAAGUUUAGAACUUGUGGUCAAUAGAAGUUUACAGAAUGUCAGAGAUGCAGCCGAAGGGGGAGAUACACAGUCAGUGUCGAGUAAUGACUUUGGAAACUUUGAAGCUGGGGUGAAUCAGGAGAUUCUGCCAGAGUCGAAGUCUUUGGACAGUCUGGACUUGAGACGUGAGGAUACUGUGGAGAAUGGUAGCAGUCAGGAAAGUUCAGAUAAGGAAUCAAAAGAAGAUAGUCCAUCCACUGAUCAUCAAGAUUUUGUGAAGCCAGUGUUUGAUGUAGGAGUGCCUAGCUCAGGUUUACCAAUUAUUGGAGAUCGUUAUAGUGCAAUAAUGCAUGAUGUUCCAGGGAGUGACAAACAUGCAUAUGAAUGGCAGCGUUGCCUUGACAACUGUUGUCGUAUGAUACAAGAUGGCAACAAUAUCUUCAAUUCUAUAAGUAGUUCCAGUGUAUGUAAUGAAGUAAUUAAAUCAUCACAAGGAUCCCAAUAUAUCCAAGGUGUGAUAGAGAUUUACAGAGUUGUGUGUAAAAUCAUGGUCACCAUGAAGAAAACAGGUAUCCAUAGUGAUAAACUAACACAGUUGUUGAAAGAAAUAGACCUUGCCUGGAAUAAUCUUACUGCCUUUCUUGUUGGGGGAUCUGUUAUGCCUGACUCUCAGAGCCUUGAUUUUAGUCAUGGAUAUUUAUUGGACGAUGAUCAGACGUCACAGUAUAGAUCAUGUGGCGUGUGUUUACUGGACGUCGAGAUGAAAGUGAAAGGCGUAGACAAUGAUAAUGAUAACGCGAAACUGACGUAUGGCAGGAGACAGUAUCACGCGGCAUGUGCAAACUUCUGGAUAAAUUGUGUAGAUUCCACUUUACCUGCCUUGAAAUUGCCAGAGCUGUUGUAAAAAAUUGUAUUUAUUGUGGAUUAAGUUAAGUUUUGGUGCCUGGUAUAAGGAUAUUAGGAGAUUGUUUUCAUGUGAGGAACCUGCCCGGAUGUGUGGUUUGGGCUUGAUAUUAAAGGGAAUUUGAGGGAUACUCGGAGACAUCGAGAAUCUGCAUUAAACAGUAUGGCAUAAUUGUCCUCGCCUCACUUUAAGAGGUUGAUUGUGCUAUAAAUAGGAUAUGUUUACAUUGAUGUUGAUAAAGGACAGAUUUUAUUUUAAAAAAUUUUAGGCCUUAACAAUAAAUAAUGCUUUAAUGGAUAUCUUAUUACUUUAUUGACUAAUAUUAUGAGAAAAAAAAUAGGUGAUAGAUUAUAAACACGGAUGUACUGAGCUUUAAGUCAUUAGAUUUGCUUUUAUAAAAUAAUCAGGCAUAUUACUAGAUCCCAAAAAUACAUGUAGAGUGUAAAUGUAGUUUAAAAAAGAAGGUGGAAGUAUAAAGCGGGAAUUUAGAAAUUUGAAAAAAAAAUAUAUUCAAAUGCACAAAAAGGGUGAUAUUUGUGAAAUACAAAAUUCAAUUAUAAAGGAUAUAUUUCAUUUCCACAAAAAAAAACAACAUUUAAAUGUGUUUGGCAAUAGCAUGAAAAACAUGAUAAUUUCACUGUGAGUGGUAUACAUAAUAUCUCACUGGUUCAAGGCAGUAUAUUUCAAUAAAUCGGCAUGUUUAUUAGUCCCCUACCGGUUUAACCGGAGGGGACUUUAGGUUUACCCUCCGUCCGUCUGUCCGUCUGUCUGUCUGUCCGUCUGUCUGUCUGUCAGUCCGUCAGUCCGUCCGUCCACAAAACUGGAUCCCGCGAUAACGCAAAAAGUACUGAAAAUAUUUUUAUGAAACUUGAUAUAUGGAUAGAUGGCAGUAUGGAGAUUAUGCACGUCUUUUUUUUUCUUCCUAUGUUGAAAAUUCUGGUUGCUAUGGCAACAAAUAGUCUGAAAAUAUGGCAAAUUUAACACAUAAACUGGAUCCAGUGAUAACUCAAAAAGUACUGAAAAUAUUUUUAUGAAACUUGAAAUAUGGGUAGAUGGCAGUCUGGAGAUUAUGCACAUCUUUUUCUUUUCUUCCUAUGUUGAAAAUUCUGGUUGCUAUGGCAACAAAUAGCCUGAAUUUCAAGAUUUCUGAUUUAAAUUUUUCAGCUUUUUCACUAUAUGUUCUUUAUUUCUUAAGGUGUUUACUUCAAACUUUAAAUAUAAGUUCCUGGUCAUCAACCACAUCAUAUGUGACAAGGUUUAUAACUCUAGCACAAAAAAUAUCAAUAUUACCUCCCUUGAACUUAGAUUUUUUUAGGGGAAAAAAUGUUGUCUUUUUUAAAUAUCUUCUUUAUUUCCUAAUGUAUCUACUUCAAACUUCAUAUAUAUGUUUCUUAUUAUCACUCGACAUUUUUGAGAAGGUUAAAUACUCUAGCAAGACUAUUUCCAGAAUUAUGUCCCCCUUGAACUUAGAUUUUUUUCGAGAAACUGGUAAUUUAACUCCAACUUCUUCAUUCCUUAUAGGAUUUACUUUAAAAUCCCACAUCGUAAUAAUAUGACAAGGUUGUAUGAACAUAAUUUCCUUACUAAGCAUGGAAACUUAACACAUUACUGUGAUAUAGACAAACUUAUUUUAUUAUGUUUUGUGAUCGAUAUUUUCAAAUACAGACUUCAUCCUCAAAUUCAUUAUAAAUGGCAAUACACAGGAGUGUAUGACAAUUAAAGAACUUUUAAGGGACCGGUAGGGGACUACUGUAUUGCCCGCAAUACUAUC